UUGUACGACGUCGUAGAGGCAGGACCACUUUCGGCGUCGGUUUGUUUAUAUUCAAGCACUGUAGAACAUAAGAGGAUAUCAUAGCUACAUAGGCACAUAAACACACGGCGAGAGCGCUAGAAGUGAGAGCAAUAAAAAAAGAAGGAAAACCGUGCAAAACUUUCUUCCGCAGAACCAAUUGUUGAAAAUGUGAGCCGAGAAAUGUUGGGCGAUAAUUUUUCCAUGGAAGGGACAAACUUCUUCCGGCGCUAGAACGGUUUUUGCCCACAGUUUACGUAAGUAAAUUUGCUGUAGAGGAGCCCCAGCGGACUGGAGAUAGUACGGUUUGCGGAGCGAAAAAAUUCGCUACGCCAGACACGAGACACGGGAACAUGGCAGAAGAUUUAUCGAUCAAUAAAAAUAAGAUCUGUUCUUCGCGUUACAACAACAACGACAUCUGUCGGUUGUGCUUGAAGAAUGAGGCCCAUAUGGAGCCGCUGUUUUACGUGAAUCUAUUUCCGAACAUUCUGCUCACUAAGAAGAUAUACGACUGCACAUCGAUACAGAUUAUUUACGAGCGCAACCUGCCGAUGUUUGUUUGCAAACUUUGCGCCAACAAGCUAGAUGAGUAUAUUCGAUUUCGGGAACGUUGUGUCGCAAACGAUGAAUUCCUACGGAAUGCCUUGGCAUUCUUCGACGCAGGCCAAAAUAGUAUUAAGACAGAGCUGGAGGAGAUCAAACAGGAACAGAUGUCCUCGAUGUCCAUUCCGUUGUCGCAGCACGUUGCCGUACCGAUUGAUUUUCGUCAGGUGAAGAAAUCAGCGGAAUCGGAGACGUUCGAACAGGAAAUCGAUGAAGAUCAACUGAAUCAGCGAUUCGCUUGCGGAGAAUGUGAUUUUCUUGGAGAAGAUGACGAUGCUCUGCGGGAGCACAGGAAACAACACGAAGACAAAUUGUACGCGUGUACAAUAUGUCCUAAAACGUUCAAAAUUCGCCAACAUCUGUUGAUUCAUAGUCAUACGCAUGUCGAAUUGCAGCAGCAACGGAUGGAACAGGCGGGCGACGCAAAGCCAACCUAUAGCUGUACAAAGUGCACCAAAGUGUUUAUCAACAGGGGCAAUCUACUGAACCACGCGGCCGAGUGCCAUGGUAAUGUGAAAAAUUUCACCUGCGAGAUCUGCUCCAAAUCGUUCAAGUACAAUGUUCAGCUGAGAAUUCACAUGCGAACGCACUCCGGAGAACGUCCGCAUACGUGUGAGAUUUGUCACCGUGGAUUUUCGCAGCUGUCGAAUCUACGAUCCCACCGAAAGGUUCACUCGAAAGUCAAACCGUACAAAUGUCAGCUGUGUUUGAAAAGUUUCACUAUGCUGGACAACCUAACGGCGCACAGUCUGAAGUGCAUUAAAGACAAAUACCGGUGCACACUUUGUGCGAAAUCUUUUGCUAAAGAAGGAAACCUGAUUUCACAUCUGCAGUGCCACAGCGAAGGUGUCAUGGAGAAGAAUUUUAAAUGUGAAAUGUGCCCAAAAAGCUUUAAAAAUAAGGAAGAUUGGAAGCGACAUGUUCGCGUGCAUACGGGUGAAAAGCCAUAUGUGUGCGACAUCUGUCAGAAAGGAUUCGCCCAGAAAGCCAACCUCCUGUCGCACAGGAAAACCCACUUGAAGCCGGACGUAAUAUUCAAGUGUGAGAGAUGUGACAAAAUAUGUCGCACCCAAAAGUUGCUGGAAAUCCACGUACAAAAAUGUGGCAUCACCGAACUGCCGCAAGCGGUUCAGGUGCCAACGCCAACGCCACCUUCCCCGAUAGUAACGCCUCCACCGGCUCCGCUAACACCCACACUGGAAGUUCUGUCCGAUUUGCUUCGGUACGAGAUUGCCAUGCGUACACCGACCAAGCUGCAGGAGAUUCUCAUUGCAGCGAUGGAGAAGAGGAAAGCCGCUGCAGUCGCCAUGUCGCUCGUAGGGAAGCCUGCUGGGCCACCAGCUCCCACAGGGCGUCAUUAUCGGUGCGAGGUGUGCUUCAAGGUGUACUCUCAGUAUCCCAGCUUGGUGAAGCAUCGAAAGCUGCACCUCAAAACGCCCCGGAUGCGUUCGAAAUCGACCGAAGCGGAUGAACGGCCAUACUAUUGUGAUAUCUGCGGGAAGAACUUCAAGUUCAAUCGAAAUCUGAAGGUACACAUGAAGCUGCAUACCAAAGCAAACGGUUUCUUCAAGUGUGACAAGUGCAGCAGCACAUUUGAAGCGGCCGAUCAACUCAAACAUCACCUGCUAGAACAUCCCAUCGAUGUGGAGAAGAUCUUCAACUGCGAAUUCUGCUCCAACACGUUCAAGUCGAACGAGGAUCUCAAGCGGCACCGACGGUCGCAUACUGGUGAGCGCCCGUUUCAAUGUGACACCUGUCCAAAGGCGUUCACUCAGCUGUCGAACCUGCGCGCCCAUACCAAGAUUCACGAGAAGAAACGCACCUCCUAUGGGUGCAACAUUUGUCUGUUGGAGCUCGAUUCGCUGGAAGCGCUGAACAUGCACCUGAAAACGCACCAGUAUCAGUUGUUUGAACUGUGCAAGGAGAUGAAACAAUAGAGUCUGUCCCUAGCGUACUAGUUGUUGGCCAUACUUUCGUAGGAACCUGUGUUAUACCCUUGUAAUGCCCCGUACUAUGCAUUAUAUAUAUAUAUAUGCCAAUAUACAAUGGUGUUAUUGAAUGUUUGAAACAUGUACCAAUGUGAUUGUGUUAGCGAAAUAAAUGUUGUUGUAUGUAGUAUACGUCAGAAACA